AUGGAGCCGCUGGAAGGGGCGCCCGCCUCCCAGGAGCCCGGCGCGGCACGGCCCGAGCGCCGCCCGGCCCGGGCUCCCCACGCCGAGGAGCAGAAGGGUGCGGCUUCCGCGGCCCUGGAUGCGGAAGCGGACGGCGCAGGCGCGGGCGCGGCCGACCUGUGGGCGCUCCCGGUGGAGCCGGCGGAGCGGAGACCCGAGUGCAGCCGCUGCAGCCGGCCUCAAAAAGUGUGCUUGUGUCCAUUCUUACCAGUGCAUCCUCUGCACAUCUCUACUCACUUGUAUAUAAUUCAGCAUCCAGCAGAGGUGAGUAAAGUGUUGCGGACAGUUCCUCUGCUAGCAGCAUGUCUGCCCCAGGAAAAGUGUAAAGUCAAGAUUGGACGGCGCUUCAGUGAAGAAAGAGAUCCUGAACUUUCAUCUAUUUGUCAGAAGUCUGGUACCUUAAUAUUAUAUCCAGGAGCUGAAGCUGCUAAUUUGGAAGAAUUUAUAGUAGAUUCUCCUAUUUAUCCUUCUACAAUCAUUAUCAUUGAUGGUACAUGGACUCAAGCUAAGGAUAUUUUCUAUAAGAAUUCUUUGUUUCGACUUCCCAAACAGGUACAGUUGAAAACUAGUGUUUCUAGUCAGUAUGUAAUUCGGACACAGCCUACCAAUUGGUGUCUUUCCACGCUGGAGUGUGCUGCAGUGGCUCUUUCUAUUUUGGAGAAGAACAAUUCCAUACAUGAGACUUUGCUUCGUCCUCUUCGAGCUUUAUGCUCUUUUCAACUUCAGCAUGGAGCUCAAAUCCACCACAGCAAGGAACAUCUUCUGAAAAAUGGAUUAUAUCCUAAACCAAUGCCAAAGAACAAACGUAAACUCAGGAAAAUGGAACUGUUAAUGAACAGCGUCAAAAUUUAGUGCAAAUAGUUUUUUAUGAUACGAGUUAUAGCAGCUUUGGCUGAUGUGGCCAAGUUUUCAUACAGUUUAAGUUUGUAAGUUUUUGACUAUGGGGAUUAUAUAGUAAACUUGCCUGAAAAAAGA